UUAGGCAUGUAAUGUUAAUAGGUUAUAUAAAAAAUGUUAAUUUUUCGCCUGAAUCAAGUUAGCGUAGAGAGCAGUAUAAAACAUGUACUUGUAUCUAAUGUCAUGAUUUCUCUGCUAAGAAAAUAAACGCUACAUGCAUUCUUUUUUAAGGUUAGGAUUUGAAUGAAAUGUGUCAGACACGCACGAGGAAGAAGCUUGCAUACGUGUAUUGAAAUUUUGUGCGGUGAAUACACGUGACUAGUGUAAAUGAUCUAACAUACUUCGCAAAAUGAUAACCUUUUUCUGCAUGACGGCAACAAUCAUCUCGUUCCUGAAUAUAUUGUUGUAUCUAGUUGCUUCGGUAGUUUUGUUCCUUUCAAUUUUUCUACCAUUCUCAAUUAUAUACUGGAGGAAACUUUAUGAGAAAAAACGUGCAGAGAGAUGUCAAAAAGAAACCGUAAUUGCUUUCUUUCAUCCAUAUUGUAACGCAAGUGGUGGCGGUGAAAGAGUUCUUUGGGCAGCUAUUAAAACUAUUCAAACAAACUAUCCCAAUGUCCAUAUUGCCGUAUAUACUGGAGAUUUGGAUGCAGAUCCUGAACAAAUUCUUAAAAAAGCAGAAAAUGCAUUUAAUAUACAGCUGAAACCAAAUAUUAAAUUUAUUUAUUUACAACGUCGAAAAUGGGUUGAAGCUUCAAUGUAUUCAUACUUUACAUUAUUGGGGCAAAGCUGUGGAUCCGUAUUUUUAGGUUUUGAAGCAUUAACUUAUCUACAGCCAGAUAUUUACAUUGACACGAUGGGUUAUGCAUUCACAUAUCCUUUAUUUAAAUAUAUUGGUGGAUGUCGUGUUGGAUCAUACACCCAUUAUCCAACAAUUUCAACAGAUAUGUUAAAACAUGUAUACCGACGUCAGGUAUCGCAUAAUAAUCGUCGCAUCAUUGCUAGAAAUCCAUUCCUUUCUGCUGGAAAGAUUGUGUACUACAAACUAUUUGCCCUUUUAUACGGAUGGACAGGGAGAUGUGCGGAAAGUGUUAUGGUUAAUUCAUCAUGGACCGAAGAACAUAUUAAUUCAAUAUGGAAAUGUCCAUUGAGAACACAUCGAAUUUAUCCUCCUUGUGACGUAGAACAUCUGUUAAAACUACCACUCUUAAGUGAUCAAGAUAAAAAGGGUUUUAUACAAAUAGUUUCAGUGGCUCAAUUUAGACCUGAAAAGGGGCAUCCACUAAUGUUACGAGCUAUGUAUGAAUUAAGGUCAAUAGUGAGCGAGUCCACUUGGGAUAAGAUUCGCUUGAUUUUUGUUGGUUCAUGCCGCAAUACUGAAGAUGAAGUUCGUGUGAAAGAUAUGCAAGACCUAGCAAAACACUUGGCAUUGGAUGAAAAUGUUGAAUUUAAAUUAAAUAUACCUUACUCAGAAUUAGUGACAGAAUUACAACAAGGAACUAUAGGUCUUCAUGCAAUGUGGAAUGAACAUUUUGGAAUAAGCAUUGUUGAAUGCAUGGCUGCUGGUCUCAUCAUGGUUGCUCAUGCUUCAGGAGGCCCCAGAGCUGAUAUUAUUGAAACUCAACCUAGUAGUCAAAAUGGAUUUUUAGCAGAAGAUGCUGAAGAAUAUGCCAAAAUAAUGGCACAUAUUAUAAAUAUGCAGCCUCACGAAAAAGAUGCUAUUAGAAAUGCAGCCAGAGCAUCGGUUACACGUUUCUCUUGUGGACAAUUUGAAAAAGAAUUCCUACGAGCAAUUGAGCCUUUUUUCAGAACAAAACAAGAAUAAAACUAAGUGGUUUGCAUCAGGAAACUCGGUAGCGUUUCGCGCCAAAUACAUUUAAAAGCCUACGCGAACGGCACCGAAUACUUAACGCGAAAAUUCGGCACAUCAAUUUGAUAUUAUAAUACGGAAGAAAAACUAUAAAAUCACUUGAAUUAUAAAUUAUUGGCGCAUUAAGGAAUUGUUGCGAAAACUAUUUACUCACAUGUUACAGUGUGUGAGAUUACUAUAGAAUAGAUCGAACAGUACCGGUAUAUUUUAAUGUAUUUUACAGCAUAUGAAAAAGCAUUGUAUUCUUGAAAGAGAAAAUUGUUAAAAAUCUAAUGUACAUAAUGAACUGUAAGCACAAUAUAUAAGAUAAAAGCUAAUAUAAAA